AUGUAUAUAUAUACAACUAGAAAAUAGGGUUCCGGCAAUAUGUAUUCAGCGUCAUCAAACUUACGCCUUCUUUUCACACCUCCGUUAUUCUCCUCUUCUUUAAAACCCAAACACUCCCUUCAUUCUUCUUCUUCUUUUUUCACUUGCCUUUCAAGAAAACCCUCACAAUCACAAUCAUCAAAAAAAUCUUUUAAAGAUUCUAAUAAUAAUAAAUCUUCCAGUUCUUUGAAACAACAGAGUGAAAACACAUCGUUAUCAUCAAUGAGGAAAAAUAGAGAAGAUAAUAAUAAUAACGGAGAUGUUGAAAUUGGUGCCAGUUUUAAUAAGGGAAGGGCAGAAGGCAGAGAUAAAAGUAGUAGGCCCAAAGACCUUAAACUCAAAGUUAGAAAACUCAAUCCCAUUAAUACGAUUUCCUAUCUUCAGAUUUUAGGAACUGGGAUGGAUACUCAAGAUACAUCCCCAUCAGUUUUACUCUUUUUUGAUAAGCAGAGAUUUAUAUUCAAUGCCGGAGAAGGACUGCAACGAUUUUGCACAGAGCAUAGGAUCAAGUUAUCAAAGAUUGAUCACAUAUUCCUUUCGCGUGUCUGCUCUGAAACUGCUGGUGGACUACCAGGUCUGUUAUUGACAUUGGCUGGCACUGGUGAACAAGGGAUAUCUGUAAAUGUAUGGGGACCGUCAGAGUUUAAGUAUUUAGUGGAUGCAAUGAAAUGUUUUGUUCCAAAUGCAGCCAUGGUUCACUCACGAUGCUUUGGCCCAUCAUCCAAAUCUGAUAAGGUUUCUGUGGAUAAUUCUGGGAAAGUUGAUGAUCAACUCAAACUUAUUGAUGAUGAAGUUGUAAAGAUAUCAGCUGUCUUGUUGCGUCCAGAAACCAAUGGUCUCAAGGAAGACGAGUCUGCAUUCAAGUCUAGUGAUAUUUCCGUUUUGUACAUUUGUGAGUUGCCUGAAAUUAGGGGUAAAUUUGACCUUGAAAAGGCCCGAGCCUUGGGGUUAAGACCCGGACCCAAAUAUCGUGAACUACAAGAAGGAAUCUCAGUGAAAUCAGAUUUGAAAAACAUCAUGGUUCACCCAGAUGAUGUACUUGGACCUUCUGUUCCUGGGCCUAUUGUUCUCCUUGUAGAUUGCCCCACCCAGUCUCAUUUCCGAGAGUUAUCGUCUACGCCAUCUCUAGAGACCUACUAUGCUGAUAUUCCCAUGGAGAAACACAAAGUUGUCAAUUGUGUAAUUCAUUUAAGUCCACAAUUCGUUGUAAACUCUAGUGAUUAUCAGAAGUGGAUGUCAAGGUUUGGUGAGGCAGAACAUAUUAUGGCGGGACAUCAGAUGAGGAAUAUUGAGAUUCCAAUUCUAAAAUCUAGUGCGAGAGUUGCCGCCCGACUUAACUACUUAUGUCCCCAGUUCUUCCCAGCUCCAGGAUUUUGGUCUCUUCCACAAUCAGAUCAUUCAGCUGAGGAUACUGGGUUGAAGCUUUCCAAGACUAUUUCUGCUGAAAAUCUCCUUAAGUUCCAUUUGCGCCCAGUUGCACACCUUGGAUUGGACAGAUCUGGUAUACCAACGAAAGCGGGCCGUAAUGAAAUCAUAGAGGACUUACUUACAGAGAUUCCAGAGAUAUCAGAUGCUGCUCAACAAGUUGCUCAUCUUUGGAAAGGUGAAGAAGAUGCAGGGGAGGGGGUAACCUCUGUUGAAGGUGAUGGGAAAAUCACUGAAGAACCUUGGUUAAAUCAAAACAUUCUUCCCAGCUGUUUGGAGGAUGUUACAAGAGAAGAUGUUGAGAUUGUCCUUCUAGGAACGGGUUCAUCUCAACCUUCCAAGUAUCGCAAUGUUAGCUCUAUCUUCAUCAAUCUUUUUUCAAAGGGUAGUUUACUACUAGAUUGUGGGGAAGGAACAUUGGGACAGCUUAAAAGAAGAUAUGGUAUUCAAGGGGCAGAUGAUGCAGUUAGAGGUUUAAAAUGUAUUUGGAUUUCACAUAUCCAUGCAGAUCACCACACGGGAUUAGUAAGACUACUCGCUCUCAGACGAGAUUUGCUAAAAGGGCUGCCACAUGAUCCUUUAAUAGUUAUUGGUCCUAGGCAACUCAAAAGAUUUCUAGAUGCGUACGAAAGACUUGAAGAGUUAGAUAUGCAGUUUCUUGAUUGUAGGCAUACAACAGAAUCUUCGUUAGCUUCUUUUGGAUCAAAUUAUAACCAGUCAAAUAAUAUUGAAUCCCCAAGUGAAAACAAAGUUGAUUCUACUUUAUUUGCCAAAGGAAGUCAGAUGCAGAGCCACUGGAAAAGACCAGGUAGUCCCGUGGAUAGUAGCAUAGUGUACCCGAUUGUCAAGAACUUGAAGGAUGUGCUCGCAGAUGCAGGUUUAGAUGGUGUCGUCAGUUUUCCAGUUGUCCAUUGCCCUCAAGCUUUUGGAGUCGUUUUGAAGGGUUCAGAUAGAAUCUCUAGUGAUGGUAGAGUGAUACCUGGGUGGAAGAUUGUUUAUUCUGGUGACACUAGGCCGUGUCCCCAACUAGUAGAAGCUUCUCAAGGAGCGACAGUUCUCAUACAUGAGGCAACUUUUGAGGAUGCGUUAGUGGAAGAAGCAAUAGCAAGAAACCACAGCACAACAGAAGAAGCCAUUGAAGUGGGAAACUCCGCAGGAGCAUAUCGCAUCGUCCUUACCCAUUUCAGUCAGAGAUAUCCUAAAAUUCCAGUGCUUGAUGAAAGUUAUAUGCGUAAAACAUGCAUUGCUUUUGACAUGAUGAGCAUUAACUUUGCAGAUCUACAUGUGCUUCCAAGAGUGCUUCCUUACCUUAAACUACUUUUCAAAAACGAAAUGAUUGUCGACGAAUCUGAUGAUGUUGAAGAUGCUGUUACUUUGGCGGCUUAGAUUCUUUAAUUUUUUUUUUAGUAUACAGCAUUUAUUGAUUCUUUUCAUUGCCCUCUUAUUUUUGAUUACAUUCAUAAGAAUGAGUUUUGUAUAGUUGGAGAAUCAAUUUUAACUUUGUAGUUUUUAAUGCCCACAUGAUUAAUACAAUCGUGAUAUUUUUGCUGCGAAA